AAGGACGACACUUCAAAGUUUUGGGCGACGUACAAGAAAGUUUCAACUGAAUACGACGAUGACUUCCUCGGGCAGGCCAAUGAUGAUAUGGACAUUAUUCUGACUUUUGCUGGUCUUUUCUCAGCUGUCAAUUCCACCUUCCUCGUCGGGAUGCAGCCCAAUCCAGGAGACACCACCAAUGCUCUCCUCCUGUAUUUAAUCCAAUUAAAUGUUAGCGGACAGAAUUCCCUACCUAACGUUGACACUCUUUCCUCAACUACGCGAUUUGAUCCAUCCACGGUCUGGACGCAAGCGCUUGCUUAUGCUAGCCUCACAUUUAGCGUCUUGGCCGCGUUCGGAGCUGUCUUGGGGAAACAAUGG